CGUGGGGAUUUCCCAGGAGGCCCUGCUCGGUUGAGUCACAGGUCCUGUGUUUGACCUGUGUGUGGUCCUGUGGAGCGGCAGAACCUCACUGAGCUGCUAAGGAAGCAGACCGUACUUCACCGCCCUGAGAUCGCAAGUGUCGAGUGCAUGUGACACUUCGCUAUGGGAAACAACUGUUACAACAUGGUGGUCACCGUGCUGCUGGUGGUGGCCUCCGAGAAGGUGAGGGCGGCGCAGAACCCCUGUGACAAGUGCGAGGCUGGUACUUUCUGCAAAAAAUACAAUCCGGUCUGCAAGAGCUGCCCUCCAAGCACCUACUCCAGCACAGGCGGACGGCCGAACUGUGAAAUCUGCAGGGUGUGUGAAGGCUAUUUCAGGUUCAAGAAGCCUUGCUCCGCUACCCACAACGCGGAGUGUGAAUGCACGGAGGGAUUCCACUGCUUGGGGUCAACGUGCACCAGGUGUGAAAAGGACUGCAGGCCCGGCCAGGAGCUAACGGAGCAGGGUUGUAAAAACUGUAGCUUGGGAACGUUUAACGACCAGAACGGUGCUGGCGUCUGUCGACCCUGGACAAACUGCUCUCUAGAUGGAAGGUCUGUGCUUAAGAACGGGACGAAGGAGCAGGAUGUGGUCUGUGGAGCCCCUGUGGUCAGCGUCUCUCCAGGGACCACCACUGCUGUGACUGCUCCGGAGGGAGAACCAGGAGAGCGCUCCUUGCAGUUCUGUGCCGUGCUCCUGGCGCUGACAGUGGCCUUGCUGCUGGCCCUAAGCUUCAUCCGGUUCUCUGUGCCCACAUGGAUCAGAAAGAAAUUCCCCCACAUAUUCAAGCAACCAUUUAAGAAGGCCAUUGGAACAGCUCAAGAGGAAGAUGCCUGUAGCUGCCGAUUUCCAGAGGAAGAAGAAGGAGGACCAGGAGAAGGCUACGAGCUGUGAUGUGCCAUCCUAGGAGAUGUGCGGACCCUCAGGAAACCGAGAAGCACUAGGACCCCACCUUCCAGUGGAGCGGCACAAGCCACCCCACCACCCUGUUCUUAAACACUGUCCUAGACGAUGCGUGGGCACCCACCCCAUCCAAGUCCCUUCUAAUGCUAAUAUAUUUGUCUUUACUAUUUUUAA